AUGUUGAGAGCUUGUGUACUAGAGUAUGGUGGAGCAUGGGAUGAUCAUUUGAAACUGAUUGAGUUUUCUUAUAAUAAUAGCUAUCAUCCAAGUAUUGGAAUGCCACCAUUUGAAAUGCUUUAUGGUAGAAGGUGUAGGACUCCAAGUUGUUGGAUGGAGCCCGGUGAAAAGCAAAUUACGGGUCCUAAAAUUGUAGAGAUCACAGCUGAAAAAGUUAAUGUUGCAAAGGAAGCACUUCUUAUGAAAGGAAAGCUAAGUCCACGAUUCAUUGGACCAUUUAAGGUACUUCAACGCAUCAAGGAUGUAGCUUAUCGAUUGGAAUUACCUCCUGAAUUAGAUGGGAUUCAUAGUACAUUUCAUGUAUCUUACUUGAGGAAAUGUUUGGCGGAUAAAUCUGGUGUUAUUCCCAUUGAAGAUGUAAGCAUUGAUCCGAGUAAAAGAAUGAUUGAGGAACCGGUAGCCAUACUUGGAAGGAAGCAAAAGAAGCUACGUCGGAAAUUGAUUGACCUUGUGUUGAUCAAAUGGAAGCACACUCAUGGUGAAAGCAUGACUUGGGAAACCGAAUCCGUGAUGAAAGAAAAGUAUCCAGAAUUGUUCAUUUCUGAAGUGAUUCCGAGGACUGAAUCCUCUUAA